AUGUUAGAUCUUAGUGCCGCGUUCGACACUGUCGACCAUGAGAUCCUCAUGCAGAGACUGGAGGACUGGGUUGGUGUCACUGGCACAGCCCUAGACUGGUUUAGGUCUUACCUGGAGGAUAGGAAGUACUCUGUGGAGAUUGGAGACUGCGUCUCAGAUGAUGUGGCCCUGACCUGUGGUGUACCACAGGGGUCGAUCCUGGGACCUCUCCUAUUUAAUCUCUACAUGCUGCCGUUAGCCGUUCCGGGAGCGGCCUUCUUGACUGGUGUCAGAGUGCGUUUUGGUGGUUCGCCGGCUCUGUGCAGAGAGCCUGAAGAGCACUGGAGCAGCAUUAAUAUAGUCGCAGCUUUCACCUUCUACCUGUCAGCCGCUCAACAGUAA